GCCGCGCUACCGCUGACCGGAAGGGGCGGGGCGGCGACGGCGGCGGCGGCGGCGGCGGCGGCGGCCGGGCCCAGGCGCAGCCCCCGGCACCAUGUGGUCCGUGCUGUGGGCGGCCGUGCGCUCCAAGGCCCCGUACGUCACCUUCCCGGUGGCCUUCGUGGUGGGGCUGGUGGGCUAUCACCUGGAGUGGUUCCUCCGUGGGGACCCCCCGCCCGCGGCCGAGGAGGAGAAGAGCAUCUCGGAGCAGCGGGAGGACCGCAAGCUGCAAGAGAUCGCGGGCAAGGACCUGACCAAGGUGGUGAGCCUGAAGGAGAAGCUCGAGUUCGCCCCUCGGGCCGUGCUGAACAGGAACCGCCCGGAAAAAAGUUAAUAAAGUUGUUUGGGCAAACGCGGCGCCCUAGAGCGACUGUCCCUGGGGCUGGAGCCGGCUGCCGGAGGGCUGUGGCCCGCAGCACCAUGCUGGGGACUCCCCUGUUGCCUGCACAUCUUCCAGCAGCGUGCUUCCUGCACCGGGCCGUAUCUGGGCAAUAUGCUGUGCCCACUGCUGCUCUUCACUCCCCCGGGGCCCUCCGGAGGGUCAGGGUUUGCCCACCCCACGGAUGCGCUCGAGACACAGCACCCAAACCUCUUCCUUUGUGGCAAAGCAGGCAGGGAACCAUGCUUUGGACGUGGAACGUGUCUGAAACUCAUCAGCUCUCGGCCUGUCCUGGCCCCUGAACCACAAAACCCUCUCAGCUUGGUUCCACCCACAUCUCUUUAGGUUUGGUUUCUUCCAUGGCGUGAAGACAGAAGAAGCUUGGACCUGAGUGACGUGGGGUUGGGGUCAGGUUAACCGCCUGGGGCGGGAGGACCUGCCGUCCUGCUUACAGCUCUCCCGUGGCUCUUUGUGAACCCCGACCACAGCACCAUGUUACUGCGUUAUGCCUACGGGAGCCUGAGCAGCAGUGGAGAUCUCUGGGGAAGUCCUCUCUGCAUCAUCCCCAGGCUUCGCAGCGAGGAAGAGGGACAGGGGGAGGUGGAAGUCCUGGCCUUGCUUCCGUCGUGGAGCUCAGAGCGUGGUGGUGGCUCUGGGCUGGCAUGUAGAGAGCGGGGAGAUCUCUGCCUUGUACGGGAACAGCCAGAAUAAACUUCUGUCAGUCCUUG